CUUAGCUGUUGAGAGACAUUUUGAAGAAUAAUCCACUUUAGCUUUGUUUCAAAUAUAGAAUUAUGCUCCACUUCGUAUCCCUUCUGUGGGUUAUAGUGGCGUAUACGGCAGCCUUUCCUCUUGACAACGGUGAUUCCAGUCGUUCUUUUGACUAUGAAAAAUGCGAAACCCUGUUUGAAGAGAAUGGCUUGACCUGCAGCGACAUCACAAGCGAAACUACAGACGGCUGCACUUUCUACUGUACGUGCGAUGAGCAGCACAUGCAGACUUACGAGGCAGAGGAUUCUACUUCUUGCGGCGAGAAUCAAAUGUGCAUGAGUGGUUCCUGUUUAUCCGAGCAGAGUGCCAAUGAUGAUUAUUCUUAUUCUUCAGGAGAAUCGGAAGGGGGCGAUAAUUCUCAUUCCAGUCAGUCACAGAAAUACAAAUCAUCAUCAAAUGAAUAUAUUGAUGAAGGCAGUGACGGGAAGAUGAAUAGGGAAUCAGCAGGAUUUGAGGAGAGUGGAGUUAUGACGGAGAAUGACAAUAGUUAUUCAUUUUCAUCAUCCGUUUAUGAGAAGAAGAGUAAAAAUUCGAAAUCACGUAAAGAAGGGAAGAAAAAACAAGAAGCUUCUAGUGACUCGACAAUUGAUAACAAUGAAGACUAUGUAGAAAAGGAAAGCUCCGCGGAAGACAACACGUUUGCUGCAGAUAAUGAAAAUGAAGAUGAUUUAAGCAUCCAAAAAAGUAGAAUGAAAUCCAGAGGUAAAAAUAGAAAAAGAAAUGAGAAUGAUGCGUCUUCAGAUGAAAUAGAUAAUUUAAACACUUCUGGAAGUAAAUCCAAAUCUGCAUCGAGGAAGAGUAAGAAAAAUGCACAAGUAGACGAUAAUGGAUCAGAUGCAUAUUCAGGUAGCAGCGACGAUCUGAACUCUAAAGUUGGGAUAACAAAGUCGGGGGGAAAAGAGGAUAAAAGUAGACAAUACGAAGAAGACGAAUCAGAUGAAUACUCAGGUGGCGAUGAUGAUCUCAGUUCUAUAACAGGCAAUUCGGAAGGGAAAGAGGGUGAAGAAAGUAAAACAGAUGGCGAUGACGAGUUGCAGGAAUCUUCAAGCGGCGACGAUGAUUGGAUUUCUAAAGCUGGAAUAUCAAAAUCGGGGGAAAAAAAAGAUGGCCAAAACGAAUCAGAUCAAUAUUCAGGUGGGGAUGAUGAUAUGAGCUCUAUAACUCGCAAAUCAGGAGAAAAGAAAGGUAAAAAAAGUAAAAAAGGCGGUGACGGGGAGCCAGAUGAAAAUUCAGGUGGCGAUGAUUAUACGAAUUCUAUAACUGGCAAAUCAGGUGGAAGAAAGGGUAAAAAAGGCGGAGGAAACGAAUCAGAUGAAUAUUCAAGUGGUGAUGAUGAUAUGAACUCUACAAAUCGCAAAUCCGGAAGGAAGAAAAGCAAAAAAAGUAAAAAAGGUGGCGAGGAAGAGCCAUAUGAAAAUUCAGGUGGCGAUGAUGAUCUGAGUUCUAUAACUGGCAAAUCAGGUGCAAAAAAAGGUGGCGAAAACGAAUCAGAUGAAUAUUCAGGUGGGGAUGAUGAUAUAAGCUCUAUAACUCGCAAAUCAGGGGAAAAGAAAGAUAAAAAAAGUAAAAAAGGUGGCGAGGAAGAACCUUAUGAAAAUUCAGGUGGCGAUGAUGAUAUGAGUUCUAUAACUGCCAAAUCAGAUGGAAAAAAAGGUAAAAAAGGCGACGAAAACGAAUCAGACGAACAUUCAGGUGGUGAUGAUGAUAUGAACUCAACAAUUCGCAAAUCAGGAGGAAAGAAAGGUAAAAAAAAUAAAAAAGGCGGUGACGAUGAGCCAAAUGAAAAUUCAUGGGGCAAUGAUGAUCUGAUUUCUACAAAUGACUAUUCUAAUUCUAAAGGAAAGAAGGGUGGAAGAAAAAAUGAUUUAAAACAAUCUUCUAAUGAAAAUGUGAAAUGUAAAUGCGCAAAAGAUGCUGCAGGAGAUAAAAAAGGCGCUACAGAAAGCGUGAAUGAUUCAGGCGGAGUAUCCUCUGGUGACAAAAAAGGGGAUUCGAGUGAUAGUGCAGGAGGAGCCACUAAAGGCGCAAAAAAUACUGCAGGACAAAAGAAAGAAGAGGAAAAAUCUUCUGGAGGUGUAGGAGAUAUAACAGGCACUACAGAAAGCGUGAAUAAGGCAGGCGGAGUAUCUGCUGGUGACAAAAAAAGGGAUUCGAGUGAUAGUGCAGGAGGAAUCACUGAUGGCGCAAAAGAUGCUGGAGGACAAAAGAAAGGAGAGGAGAAGUCUUCUGGAGGUGUAGGAGAUAAAAAACGAACCACAGAAAGCGUGAAUGAUGUAGGCGGAGCAUCUGCUGGGGACAAAGAAGGAGAUUCGAAUGAUAGCGCAGGAGGAGCCACUGAAGACACACAAAAUACUGCAGGACAAAAGAAAGGACAGGAUAAGUCUUCUACAGCUGCAGGAGAUAAAAAAGGAGCCACAGAAGGCGUGAAUGAUGCAGGUGGAGUAUCUGAUGGCGAUAAAAAAGGACAUUCUAGUGAUAGUGCAGGAGGAUCCCCUGAAGGAGCAAAAGAUGCUGCAGGACAAAAGAAAGGAAACGAGAAGUCUUCUGGUGCUGCAGGAGAUAAAAAAGGCGCUACAGAAAGCUUGAAUGAUGCAGGCGGAGUAUCUGCUGGUGACAAAAAAGGGGAUUCUAGUGAUAGUGCAGGCGGAGCCACUGAUGGCGCAAAAGAUGCUGCAGGACAAAAGAAAGGAAAGGAUAAGUCUUCUGGUGCUGCAGGGGAUAAAAAAGGCGCUACAGAAAGCCUGAAUGAUGCAGGCGGUGUAUCUGCUGGUGACAAAAAAGGGGAUUCUAGUGAUAGUGCAAGAGGAGCCACUGAUGGCGCAAAAGAUGCUGCAGGACAAAAGAAAGGAAAGGAUAAGUCUUCUGGUGCUGCAGGAGAUAAAAAAGGCGCUACAGAAAGCUUGAAUGAUGCAAGCGGAGUAUCUGCUGGUGACAAAAAAGGGGAUUCGAGUGAUAGUACAGGAGGAGCCACUGAUGGCGCAAAAGAUGCUGCAGGACAAAAGAAAGGAGAAGAGAAGUCUUCUGGUGCUGCAGGGGAUAAAAAAGGCGCUACAGAAAGCCUGAAUGAUGCAGGCGGUGUAUCUGCUGGUGACAAAAAAGGGGAUUCUAGUGAUAGUGCAAGAGGAGCCACUGAUGGCGCAAAAGAUGCUGCAGGACAAAAGAAAGGAAAGGAUAAGUCUUCUGGUGCUGCAGGAGAUAAAAAAGGCACUACAGAAAGCUUGAAUGAUGCAAGCGGAGUAUCUGCUGGUGACAAAAAAGGGGAUUCGAGUGAUAGUACAGGAGGAGCCACUGAUGGCGCAAAAGAUGCUGCAGGACAAAAGAAAGGAGAAGAGAAGUCUUCUGGUGCUGCAGGAGAUAAAAAAGAAGCCACAGAAGGCGUGAAUGAUGCAGGCGGAGUAUCUGCUGGUGAUAAAAAAGGAGAUUCUAGUGAUACUGCAGGAGGAGCCACUGAAGGUGCAAAAAAUGCUGCAGGACAAAAGAAAGGAGAGGAGAAAUCUUCUGGAGGUACAGGAGAUAAAAAAGGCGCGACAGAAAGCGUGAAUGAUGCAGGCGGAGUAUCUGCUGGUGAUAAAAAAGGAGAUUCUAGUGAUACUGCAGGAGGAGCCACUGAAGGUGCAAAAAAUGCUGCAGGACAAAAGAAAGGAGAGGAGAAAUCUUCUGGAGGUACAGGAGAUAAAAAAGGCGCGACAGAAAGCGUGAAUGAUGCAGGCAGAGUAUCUGCUGGUGACAAAAAAGGAGAUUCUAGUGAUACUGCAGGAGGAACCACUGAAGGUGCAAAAGAUGCUGCAGGACAAAAGAAAGGAGAGGAGAAAUCUUCUGGAGGUACAGGAGAUAAAAAAGGCGCGACAGAAAGCGUGAAUGAUGCAGGCGGAGUAUCUGCUGGUGAUAAAAAAGGAGAUUCUAGUGAUACUGCAGGAGGAGCCACUGAAGGUGCAAAAAAUGCUGCAGGACAAAAGAAAGGAAAGGAUAAGUCUUCUGGAGGUACAGGAGAUAAAAAAGGCGCGACAGAAAGCGUGAAUGAUGCAGGCGGAGUAUCUGCUGGUGAUAAAAAAGGAGAUUCUAGUGAUACUGCAGGAGGAGCCACUGAAGGUGCAAAAAAUGCUGCAGGACAAAAGAAAGGAGAGGAGAAAUCUUCUGGAGGUACAGGAGAUAAAAAAGGCGCGACAGAAAGCGUGAAUGAUGCAGGCAGAGUAUCUGCUGGUGACAAAAAAGGAGAUUCUAGUGAUACUGCAGGAGGAGCCACUGAAGGUGCAAAAGAUGCUGCAGGACAAAAGAAAGGAGAGGAGAAAUCUUCUGGAGGUACAGGAGAUAAAAAAGGCGCGACAGAAAGCGUGAAUGAUGCAGGCGGAGUAUCUGCUGGUGAUAAAAAAGGAGAUUCUAGUGAUACUGCAGGAGGAGCCACUGAAGGUGCAAAAAAUGCUACAGGACAAAAGAAAGGAGAGGAGAAAUCUUCUGGAGGUACAGGAGAUAAAAAAGGCGCGACAGAAAGCGUGAAUGAUGCAGGCAGAGUAUCUGCUGGUGACAAAAAAGGGGACUCGAUUGAUAGUGCAGGAGGAGCCACUGAUGGCGCAAAAGAUGCUCUAGGACAAAGGAAAGGAGAGGAGAAGUCUCCCGGAGCAGCAGGAGAUAAAAAAGGAACCACAGAAGGCGUGAAUGAUGCAGGCGGAGCAUCUGCUGGUGACAAAAAAGGAGAUUUGAAUGAUAGUGCAGGAGGAGCCACUGAAGGCACACAGAAUACUGCAGGACAAAAGAAAGGACAGGAUAAGUCUUCUGAAGCUGCAGGAGAUAAAAAAAGAGUCACAGAAGGUGUGAAUAAUGCAGGCGGAGGAUCUGCUGGUGGCAAAAAAAGUGAUUCGAGUGAUAAUGCAGGAGGUAAAAAAAGUGGAACUGAAAGUGGAGGCGACAAUGCUGGAGGACAAGAAGGGACUGAAAAGGAAUCAGACAAAACUUCUACAGAUCCAGGUGAUAGAAAAAGUACUGAGGCUGCUGACGGAGGAAGACCAGUAGGGAAAAAAGGGGGCCAGAAUGAUAGUGCAGGAGAAAUUACUAAAGGCGCAGGUGAUUCUACUAGCAACACCGCGGGAGGUAGGGAGAAUGCAGGGAAGUCUGAUAAUGGUGGUGGAGCUGCGGGAAAACCCACUGAUGCUGCCGGUGGUAGUGGUGUAAUUGCAGGAGAUGGGGGCGGUGGUGCUGGUGGAACUGCUGGAGGAGCAAGCGGAGUUGCAAGCAAUGCUGCUGGAAGUUCAAGUGGAGCUGCUGGAGGUUCAGGUGAUGCUGCUGGAGGUGCAGGUGAAGCUUCUGGAGGUGCAGGCGAAGCUGCUGGAGAUGCAGGAGGAGCCGCUGGAGGUGCAGGUGGUGCUACUAAAGGUUCAGGUGGAGCUGCUGGAGGUGCAGGUAAUGCUGCUGGAGCUGCUGGGAGUGCAGGUAAUACUGCUGGAGGAGCUGGUGAGGCUGCUGGAGGUACAGGCGAUGCUGCUGGAAGUUCAGCUGGAGGUGCAGGUGGAGCUGAUGGAGGUGCAGGUGGAGCUACUGGAAAUGCAGGAAAAGCUAAUGAUGUAACUGAAACUACAGGAAAAUCCAGCGACUUUUCUGGAGAUACAGGAAAAGCCGGUCCAGGAGGUGCUAGUCCUGCCGCUGGAGGUGAUAAAUCAGUAGCGUCAAGCGGUUUAGAAGUCAACAAUAUACAAGAACGAAUAAAUAGUGAGCAAGGUAGUAGCACUUUUGACUCUUCAAGUAUUUCCGGAGAGAAGACCUCUUUCGGGGAGAGUUAUCAAAGUGGUAUGUGGGAAUACAGCGAAAGCUCCAAAGGCGGGUCAGGCAGCACCCAGCAAAAGCAUGACAAUUUAUCGAAAAGGAAACAUCAUGGUACUUUCACAUAAAAAACAUCUUCUAAGAAAUGAGCAAGUUUUUAAUUUUUCUUGAGAAAAAAUGAAUUAUGAAUCUCUAAUGUGCAUUGUAAUAAAUUACAUUUUUUGGAUUUGAAUUUUUAAGUAAGUGUAACUGUCGAAACAACUAAAAAUAAAGUUGGACAUUCUAAUUUUAAUAUUAAAAAUCAAGUUUCCUCAAGUAUUUAUUUUCGGAAAUUGAUUGCACUUGCUAAAGUUUUUCAAAUAAGUAUGUAUGUAUGUACUUACAAGCAUGUCCUUGAACAACAUACAUUCUGUAAAACUAUAGAAAUGUACCAUCGAAUUUAAAUGUUAUUUUACAAACUGUGUGAAAUCUUCCAUAUUAUAUUUAGUUGUUACAAGAAUUCUUUAAAAUAAAUGCCCGUGAAUGUA